UUCAUUCUUCGAUCUGUCACCACAAACGUUGUUAUUUUCUCAUGGAUCAACAAUGAAUCGAGGAUGUAAAGGUUUGUAAACAAAUAAGCACUCUUGCGAGCUGCGGUGAGAAAAUUCGCUCACGAGCUUUCUGAUUGGUCGAAAUCUUGAGAAAAUGUACACAAAGAUUACAGGAAUAGAUUUUGCAAUCAUCUCAAGGGAAAAUGUUAAAUCGUGAAAUCUGAUUGGCUGGUGAAAGGUUAAGUGGUUCAGGCAAGAUUCUGUAUAAAUUGAGGUUUGUGGAAAAUUAGAAGUCAGAAUAAAUUGUGAAGUUAAUACGAUAACAGUUGUUUUGAAGAAUUACUUCUAACUCAUACUACUACUGCUUCAAUUUUUUUGAAAUCUACAUACACUCGAAAAUAUGGUUAAUAAAUUACAAAAACGUCAAAGCUCAGAUUUAAUGGUCAUGCCGACGACAAAUGAAGAAAAUACACGCGGAAAGUCGCCGUCACGUAUUCCAAACAAACCUCAAGCUAUACGAAGUAACUCUUCGGAGCGUAAAUUCAAGUUAAUUCGUAAGAAGUCAAGUAAAGAUAAAGAAAAUUUAAUCAAAGGGAAUACCUUGGAGGUUCUAACAGAAAACAAAAACAUCCAUAACAGUAACGAAUAUACUAAAAUUACGACACCGAAACUAAAAUCAAAAGCAAAUAAAGUCUCCAAAAACUGUAAAUUAUUCGAUGCGGUUUUAGACGAUGACUUUAUGUUAGCAAGAAAGUUGAUUAUUGUUGAUGAAGUGGACGUUAACGAUCUAUGUCCAGAAGGAAAUUCCGUUUUACAUUUAGCUGCGGCUGCCGGUCAUUUAGACUGUAUGGAAUUACUUAUCGAAUGUGGCGCGAAAGUCAACGCAAAAGACAAUUUUUCUCGUACACCGUUGGAAUAUGCUGUUAUGUACGGAAAUUUUGAUUGCGCUGAAAUUCUUAUAGACAAUGGAGCCGACAUCAAUGUAAUAAAAAAUGGGCUCAUGUAAAUAAAGCACCAACAUCUUCUAAAGAUUCCUUGUGGAAAUAAAAACGAAAAAUUUUUUUGUAAUCUUUUUUUGUUUAUUUAUUUAUUUACAUGUGCACAUUUUUUGUAAAAAUAUUUUUUAAAGAAAUUGUAUAUAAUUGUAAUGUAUUAAAAAUUUUUAAAAAAUAAUAUUGAAAAAUACAAA